AAUAAUCAAUCGUAAUUAAAUCUCAUUGCUAGAAACUGGGAAUUAAAUAGUUCCUCCUAACAUAGAAAGAUGCUAAAUGAUACAAAUUCAUGAUUCAACUUUUGAAAUGAAUUAUAUUAUUUGUAGGAGACUGAGAGAAGCGCGGUCACGGCUUCACCAUCUUCAAGAACUUUUGAGUUUUGUGGAGAAGCUGAGAGACUCUGGUAAGCCCGUUCCUGAGAGAAUUCUAGCAUUGCUCAACAAUGCCAGUGGAUUCUCGGAUGAAGACUGUAUGCCUCUGAUGGACAUGUCAGAGAACAACUUCCAGGAUUUGUAUCAGGAAGUAGCAGCAGCUGUGGCCAGUGACAAACAGAGGCAACCUGUCAAACCAAAUAACACGACUGCAAAGCUUAGGGCUCGAACUCAGCAACUGGAAGAAUGGAUGAAGAAGGACGAUUUGAUGUCAUCUAUCAAUACAGACAUCAAUUCACAAGCUGGUUUCAGUUAUCAAGAAACUCCGACUACUACAACUUGGGGUGGCUCCCACUGCACCCAGGGCACUCUAGAGGACCAUAACACACAUUCGCCAGAUUUUUCUAGUGAUGGGGAAACUGAGAACGAUGCAACCUUUAUGCCAGUCAUGAAUAAGGCAUCAUCCGCACCAACUAGUCAUAAAGAAUCAACAUCUUGCACCAAUAUUGCAAGGGAAGUGGGAAUCGAUUCAGCAAGUGUUUCUGGUGUUAAUGGAGCAUCUUCGGGGCCACCUCCUCAGAAUACAUGGAGUAAACAAUCAUCUGGAAGUGGUGCGUCAAUGCCUCAUGGUCUGUGGACUCCGUCCUCGUCAUUCAUCACUCAGCAGCCCAACAGACAAGAGAAUGCCAGUUCGUCCGAAGAGAUCUCACCCAAUCCUGAUAAUAGGUGGAUAGCUCAACAUAUAUUACAGAUGCAAGCUCAGCUGCAGCAGGUGUGUCAAAAUGUGACUGAUAAACAUCACAAUAUUCCUAUGAUGAGCUCUCCUGGAAACAUGUGGGUACCCCCGUUCUAUCCUCAAAAUGGACCAGGAUUUGGUGGACUGAACCAGUUCGUUGUUCCUCAACAGCAGCAACUUCCCAUAAACCAGUUGCUUGUUAACUCAUUGAAUCAGUGCUGCCAGAUGAUCUGGCAUCAGCAGUGCGAAUUGAUGGCUGUCAAAGAAGCUAUUCAGUUGCUUCAACAGCAGCAACAGCAACAACAACAACAGCAGCAGCCGGGAGGCAUAAUUGAGCCAGAGCUAGCAGCGGCCGAUUCAAGGUCGAACCUAGAGAGAGCCGCACAUGCGCCCCCCUCGCACUACUUCUACCCGCAACUGCCGCCGCCCUAUGGCAACAACCUCAACUUCGAGCCUGCGCACUUCCUGCCCUCGCCCGCCCUCAACAACCAGGUGCCACCCGGCAACCGUGCCAACAACUACUGGGACAACUUUAGAAGUUAUUCAAGACAAAACCUGCUGUCAGUUCGAAGCAAAACCAAUGAAGGUCUGUUGAGUGGGGAAAGAGAGAGAAGCCAAGAUCCGAACACAGUUCAACAGCAUCAUCUCCAGCCUCAUCCUAUGCAGCCGCAUCCUCCGGUCGAUAUGAUGACGUUCAACCUAUCUCAGAACCACAAAGAGAAACUGAAUACGCACCAGAGCUUGGGUGGUGAGCAAGCAGGUGCAGCCAUCGCUGCGGCUGAGCAGCCCGUUCGCUGUACAAGCAACAGGCCUAGUCAAACCUCCUUCCAUCAGAAUAAUUGUUCAGAGACUGCUCAGCAGCCGGAAACCAUCUCAAAAGGUGCUUGUAAAAAAGUGAGAGCGGAGAAGGUGAGAGAGAUAAGUGCAGCGCCGGUGGGUGGGGAAAGUUCGAGUAUGAUCAGGUCGUGGAACAGCCUCGACGAGAGCGGAAAGACCUCAAAGAGCAAGCGACACCUCAGGAACACUGUCUCAACAGAAGACCUGCCGCGAAACUCCAAUUUCAAGCGAAAAGCUGAUUGUAAGAUCAAUCCUAUUCGCUCCGAUAACAAUAGCGAGCAGAUGGAUUCUCUAGAGGAAGCGUUCUACUCUGAAGUAGCAGCUCUCAUAUCUGUGAAUGAGCGGCAGAUCAAUUAUUUGCUACAACUGUUCAGAGAUUUGAAGCACUUGAGUUCGGACUCUGACCGACAAGCUGCCCUGAUAACCAUUCACAACUUGGCCACCCGUGCUUGUUCCGCAGCCGCUUCCCAGCAGGGCGCAUGUUGUCUGAAAGAGAGCCAACAACAAGAAUCCAUGGGACAAGAGGACUUCCAGGAAUCUGCCGCCUACCAAGAAAGUCAGCCUCGAAAUUUGGUAAACUGCAAGGAAACCACACCGAUGCACAAUCUCUCAAAUGGCUGCAGCAAGCUGGAUUGGGAAAUCCGUGGUGUGUCAGUUGCAAUGUUGCCAUUUCUCAAGGCUCACUUUGGAGGCAUCUGCGGACCCAGUCUUCUGGAAGAGAUACGCAACUUUGUUCUCCAGUUGAUUCCACCACAGUUCAGGCAGGAACAAUUAAUUGCUUCUUUGGAAGGUGCGCUUCUGAAAUUCCAAGGGUGCAGAUUGAGAGAUGUUUAUGAAGAAUUGUUGGGAACUGUGGCCGAUGUACUUAUAAAUGAUGUCACAUUCCAUAGGUUUGUUGCAUCGAUGAAUAACAACAACAAUAAUACCAAUCUCAUCAACAAUAACAAUAAUAAUGAAAGCAAUGGUGAUAUUCUACUAGAAGAAGGUGCUGAGGGUGAUGUGAGAGAAGAGGAAGUGGAAGAGGAGGAAGAAGGAGCAGUUGGUGGGGUGGUGGAGGGGGAAGUGCCCCCCGCUCCAGCCCCCCUCGCUUCCGCCCCCUGUCUACCAGUGGCCAAUCAAAUGGUGAGAUGCAGCAAGAGCGAUGCAGUGGCCGAAGCUGACUUGGCGGAGGCAGACCAGUCUCGCCUGCCCACUGGGUCGGGAGGUGGUGGGGGAGGCAGGUCGUGUUCGGCCGCUCGACUCAAUGCAAACAGCGAAUCCGAAGCAACCGCUCCCGUUCAAGACAGAGUAAGAUUCUUUUUCAAACUAACCUAUCAAAAUGAGAUAAAAAGAGAUGCGAUCUUGUUUUUGUGA